AUGCAAAAACCCUCAUCAACCACACACAAGCCCCCAGACCCCACCCAGAAAUCACUCAAGCCCCCGUCAUCAACCUGGAAAGACGUCAUCCCCUCCAUCCGCCUCUCAAAGCCCGUCCAAAGCAUCACCUCACGCCUCUCCACUGCCUCCUCCUCCUCCUCCUCCUCCUCGUCAGACUCCUCCAUAAUGUCCCGAACCUCCACCAUCGACUACGGCCACGAAACCUUCCCAACCUUCUCCAAAAAGAUCCUCGAGCUCCUCCACCACAUCGGCACCCUCAACCUCCCCAGCAUCCGCAUCACCCCAAAGACCGCAAUCGACAUCACCCGCAUGCCCGGCGGCAACAGCUACCGCAUCAUCGGCAUCACCCUCACCACCCCCACCCCCACCCCCACCAAAAAGACGGCCAAGGAGGACCAGAAAGACCACUACAUCCUCCGCCUCCCCCGCCACGAAACAACCCCCACCACAAACCUCCUCCGCGCAGUAUCAACAAUGUACCACCUCGAAAAGCACACCCCAAUCCGCACGCCCAUCACCGUCGUCUACGACCCCGACGGCGGCAAAGACACCUCCGACUGCCCCCUCUCCCUCCCCUACAUCCUGCAGACCCGUCUCCCCGGAAAACCCCUCGCCGAAGCCCUCCCCGAGAUGUCCUUCCCGCAGCGCUGCGCCUUUGUCAGACAGCUCGUCAACCUCCUCACAGACAUGGACAAGACGCAGUUCCCGCGCGCCGGCGUGCUCGUCCCCGCCGCUGUCGCAGCGGAGCGCAAAGGCAUGGUCGUGGUCGACAGCUUCGACAUCCCCGGCGUCGCCGACGAGGCCCUGCGCUCAAGGAUCCAGGCGUACCCGGAGCAGACGACGCGGGACAUGCUGCUGACGCAGCUCGAGACGUGGAGGCUCUUCUGGCAGCACCGCGAGACGUCCGGCGGCGAGGCCGAGCUGGCGAUGGGCUACAUCGACAGACUAAUCGAGACCACGCGCGAGAUGGAGCGCUACGGGUGCUGCCUGGGCGAUAACGUCAACGUGCUCUACCACCCCGCGCUGACGCCGCAAAAGAUCUUUGUGCAGCGCCGGGGGAGCAGCAGUAGCGGCGAGUGGGUCGUCAGCGGCGUGCUGGGCUGGGACGAGACGGUCUCUGUCCCGCGCAUCAUGGCGCACCGCGCGCCGUCGUGGCUGUGGCGCAGCGGCGCCGAGGAGGGGUGGCAGAUGGCGGACGAGCGGCACGACUGCGCGAUCCCGGCCAGCGCCGAGUCGGCCGAGGUCAAGAAGCUGUUUGAGAUUGAGGCCGAGUCGGCGAUCCCGCGGUUCCUGGAGUAUGCGUAUCGGCCGCGGUAUCGGAUGGUCAGGCGGCUGUGCUGGUUCGCCGUGUGGGGGGUCCGCUUUGAGGAGGAUGUGCUGGGUGUGGCGGCGUUUUUGCGCGAGUGGGACGAGAUGAAGAAGGAUCCGAAUUUGGGCUGGGCGGUGAAGGGGGUGUGGGGGGAGGGGUAG